AUAGUUCAUAAGAUUGGUAACUUCAUCUGGCUCAUUUUGUCAAACUUCUUAUUGUAAAUGCUGAAUAAAUCAUUGGUCACUAUCCACACAUUCAUGGUAGUUAUGCUGAGACUUUGGUAAUGUCUAUGCUUUACACUUACAUGCCUAUCAGAAUUCUAAGAUCGCAUUCUAAGAUCGCAUUGAAAAGACUGGUCUAGACGCACAAGUCGCUUUGUGUUCAGAUCUGGCUGACCACUUCCGGAGGUGGUCUGGGGAUUCGGGGCUACCAGAAACGCACGCAAUUUGCGACGUCAUCAGCACUCUUCCCACCUGUCUCGAACUUGGUUAUGGGAACGGGGCACCUGUUCGUAAUAUUAGGAAAUACCUACCUAAGGGUAUCCUAGCAACAAUGCGAACGACGUCGAUGUGAAUGAACUUGCCUCUGAAAAGAUUGUUUACAAGCGCUGACGUUAUGGAAUAUGAAACUCCAAAGAAUCAGAUGCCUUCUCCUCGGAUUUAUGUUGAGAGAACUCUCGCGUUGAUCAAACCUGAUGCUAUACACCAAGCUGAGGAGAUUGAGGACAUCAUUCUCCGAUCUGGGUUCACAAUUUUGCAGAAACGGAAGCUGCAGCUGAGUCCGGAGCAGUGCAGUGACUUCUAUGCUGAGCAGUAUGGGAAGCUGUUCUUCCCCAGCCUAACGGCCUUCAUGAGCUCUGGACCCAUCAUCGCCCUGGCUCUGGCCAGAGAUCAGGCUAUCGCCCAUUGGAAGACCAUCAUAGGACCUGUUAACUGCACCAAGGCCAGGGAGACUCACCCAGAAUGUCUGCGAGCCAAGUAUGGCACCUCUGACCUGAGGAAUGCAGUGCAUGGCAGCGACUCGUUCUCCUCAGCCGAGAGAGAGAUCAAGUUCAUGUUUCCCAACUCUGUGAUCGAGCCCAUCCCCAUGGGAGAGGCAGCCAAAGACUACCUGGGCAGGUUUGUGAGCCCCACGCUGCUCAGCGGACUCACUGAGCUCUGCAAACAGAAGCCUGUCGACCCCUUUACUUGGCUGGCAGAUUGGCUGGUCAGAAAUAAUCCCAACAAACCUCAAAUAUUUGAUGGGGCAACAGGGGAGGAAGCAGCAUAAACACAGAGACCGAAAAACACCAUCUGCCUUUACCAGUUAAAUCCAUGUUCAAGAAACUGUGUUACAUAACAUCCUGUGAUUAAAUAAAGAAGGAUAUUUUGACAACCGGAA